UAUAUAGUUACGUCUAUUAAUGGCCAAAUCAAAUGCAACUAAUUCAAGUGCAAUUUUCUGUAUUGGGCUGCAUGUUGAGAAAUUUUCCUAUCAAAUGUUCCCAAAGCGCUGCUCCAGGCAUCUUCAGGCACGUGCCACUCGCAGUUCAAUCCAUAAAUCUGCCCUUGGAUCUCAAGUGGCUGUGAGAAAAUUACACAGGAACAUACACACAUUCGUCUGUGAUAAUAUUGUAAAAAUAAUAAAAGCAUUAAUUAACAUUGUUGGUUGGUGAUGUUGGGUCAGGGAUAAAUGACGAUAUAAAUCCGCUGCUGGAUGACGGCCUCCCCCCAGGUGGUGUGGGUCGUGGAGGUAAUUUGACCACACUUCCCCACGCUGGCCAUUGAGGGUUGGUGAAGGUGGGAUGCAUCGAGGUAGGAACAUAUUACAGUACAACAGCAGCUGGUUCUGCACUGGUCUCUGCUGCCCACGACGUAGCCCAGCUUAGCGAACGCAGAGCCACUCAUGCAGACGGAGGCAUUGCAGACGGUCUAUGCACUGCGAUAAUUACAGAACAGCACAGCAAGACAGACGGACAGCUGAUAAGCUUCUCAGCACCACGGGUGGUGCUGUCGCGCUGAGAACCGUGGCACCGCAAAAAGCGUACAGUGACGUCACGCAAUACAAAACGUCAUGUUGUCGUGCAAAGACGUAAUACAAAUGUCAUGUGACUUCGUUAACACCGUGCUUUCCCGUGGAUGCUCAAAUUUCCAGGUCGUGGUUGGAAAAUUGGUAUACAAAUAACAUUGAAGCACUCUGAUUGUUCAGAGUGCUUCAUUGCUGUACUUUUUGCUUUAGUCUUGUUGGUGACCCAGGUCGCUGCUGACAAGGAGACUCCUCUCUCCUGGUCUCUUGAGUUCUCGCCUCUUCAAAUAAAAUCAACUGUGCAAGUCAAACUCACGCAGAGGACGCUGCCUGCUUGAGUGUGGGGUGGAUUCAAUUGGUGACGCUGCUCUUCCUGGAAUGGGGCGCGUCACCCCCUUCUCGUUCGUAACCGUGCUGUGAGAUUCCACCUUUCUCUUCCUGUAUGAAUAGUACGGCAUCCUGUGCUCUCAACACCCUCACUUGAGACACUGAGAGAGAAGCAGAACCAUGUCCACCCCAACUGCUGCUGCGUCUGAGGAGCUCAUCUGCUCCAUCUGCCUGGGCGCGUUCCACUGCCCGUCCACGCUGAGCUGCGGCCACUCGUUCUGCCUGCGGUGCCUGGAGGACGCCUGGCAGGUGGCCGGGCGCUGCUUCUGCCCCCAGUGCCGAGCCGAGUUCGAGCAGAAGCCGCAGCUGAGCAGGAACGUGGCGCUCGCCAACCUCGUGGUGGAGCUCAGCGUGGGGGAGAAAGCGGCUCCGCAGGUUUCCUGUGACAGCUGUCUGGUCGGUGAUGUCCCCGCUGUGAGGAGCUGCCUGACGUGUGAGGCGUCCCUCUGCGAGUCUCAUUGUAAGCGUCACCUGCAGAACGCGAGGUUCAAGGACCAUGAGCUGGUGGAGCUGGGUGUCAGCGUGGAAGCUCGCACGUGCAAGAUGCACAAGGAAAGUCUCAGGUUCUACUGCACACAGGACGAGAGCCUGGUCUGCACGAGCUGCGCCAUCGUGGGGGAGCACACAGGACACAAGUUCAGCAGCGUGGAGGAUGCGCACGAGUCACGGAAGGAGGAGCUCAGACUCGAGAAGACGAGGAGAGAGGAGAACAAGAAGACAGCGGCAUCACAUACUCAGUCACUCAGGGAAGACUACCAGCGCGUGCAGGAGUCUCUGCGUGGGACCAAGGAAGGGAUCAGUCGAGAGUUUGAGCGCAGGAGGGAGCAGCUGAGGGAGGAGGAGAGGGAGGCGUUGGAGUGCGUAUAUGAGGAGGGCCGCUUCGUGCUGUCCCGCAUCCAGGCGGAUAUCGCUCGCUACGAGAGCAGAGUAUGCAGCCUGGAGCGGGAGAUCAACCAGCUGCUCGCUGCCCUCGCCAUGCAGGACCCACUCUCCUUCUUGCAGGAUCCCCUGCAUGAGAAACUCAGGAGCUCGGGCUUGCAGGGGAUCCAGGAUGCCCCUCCUCCCACAUUCAGUCACCAAGAGCUCACAGAGGACAUCUCACUAGGAGGAGUGAAAAUGAAGCUCAUGGCUCUCGUGUAUGGACGCUCACCGACUCUGGACACAAACUCAGCCUACAACUACCUCGAGAUUUCCUCAGAUCUCAGGACGGUGAUGCGGACCAAUGUCUCCCAGAGCCGUCCCCAUCACCCACACCGGUUUGAUCGCUGUUACCAAGUCCUGUGCUCUGAGAGCUUCUCGUCUGGUCAGUUCUAUUGGGAGGUGGACAUGGGGAGAAGCAAGGGGCUUUGUCGGAUUGGAGUCACGUACGGGACGACCCCACGGAGAGGGCGUGGUGCUGAGUGUGGCCUGGGAGGGAAUGACGUCUCCUGGAGUUUACAGAAAGAUAACAACAGCUUCUCAGUGUGGCAUGGUGGGGUAGCGACCUCACUUUCGGUGCUAGAGCCUCCACAGAGAGUCGGGAUUCAUCUGAACUGGGAUGCGGGGCUCCUGUCGUUUUACAGUGCCGACUCUAUGUCACUGUUACACUCAGUUCACCAAACCUUCACUCAGCAUUUAUAUCCUGGGCUGUGGGUGUGCGGUAAAGUUUAUGACUCGGUAACAAUAGUGGAUCUGAGUCGUGUGUCCUGAGAUGACAGAGAGUGAACAACACAGCGAGCCACAAAGCACAGAGUGGAUACACUGUUUAGUUUGUGUAUAGCUCAUACCUCUUAUGAUUACGUAAUUACACGUAUCCUCACAUAACCUCUGAUUAUUAUCACUAUUAUCAUGAUACUGUACUGGGAGUUAUUUGUACAGGUAACAUAUCUUUGGGUACCGAGCAUAUCUUUAAAUACACAUUGAGUAAGCAAAUUAUUUCAAAGAAACAGACUUAUAUGCUGUACAGAUAAGUUUUCUCUAGACAGAUUCGUCGUUUCAUAUUUGUCAGCAAAAAUCAGUAAUCUGUGCAUUUGAAUCAGUAACAUUGUGUAUCGUCGUGUAACCUGUGAUUGUGUUGACAUUCGUGAUGCCAAAUGAGAUCUGUGCAUGCUCCAUGAUUAUCCACGAAUACCACUACAGCAUCGCGGUGACAGUGGUAAUGUGUGAGAGGUGUCACCGAGACAGAUGGAGAGCAAACUCUCAUGGGGCGCCAUGGUAGCGAGAUGUUAACUACCUCGCUUGGAAUACAGGAGGUCAUGGGUUCGAUUUCGAACCUGACACCUGUAUAUUUGGAGUUUGUACAUUGUCCGCAUAGUCGUGUGGAUUUUUGUUCGGGUCAUCCACUUUUCCCCUCCACAUCAACGCUAUAUAGUGUUGUGUGUCUUAACUAACUACACAGAUACGGCUUCUGGAGGCAACGCGUUUAUUAACCAACAGACUCAACUGACAAGACUGGAACACUAAGGGAGGUACAGCCUCCCUUCUAGCGUGCCCUACACACCUCGGCUACGCUACACACAGGUCCAUUGCCACGGCCACUAAGGGAGGCUAGACCGACCUGACCCAGCCAGGGUACGGGCCUCACCAACGGUCCGCUACAACCCGGCUCUGACAAGAGCCUCGGUUGAGAGUCCCAGGGUGCUGGUCCAGUCUUCAGACACCACCGGUCCGUUACAACCUGGCUUUGACAAGAGCCUCGGUUGAGGGUCCCAGGGUGGUGGUCCAGUCUUCAGGUCUUCGGACGUCUUCAGGCUUGAGUUGGCGAACACUGCUGGACCCGUUCAGAGGGCCGGCUUUUUAUCCCCAGGUCGGGGCUUACCCCUCUCCUAAUGACCCCCCCUCCAUAACCUUCUGGAAGGUCUUAAAGAGUCUAAAAUCUUAAAGGGUCUUAAAAUUGGUGGGCGGUCUCUAUCCACCCCAGCCCCCAGCCCUUGGGGGUCUGGGGUAUCAACUUUCGGUCACGGGCCACCCGAAGGGGGGUUUUACCCCAUGACCAUGGUGGCAGGUAAAGCGACCUACAGUGCCUUGUUAAGGUGCAACAUCACCUCCCCCUCCGUAGCACCCAGCCGUCCUGGCUGGCAACAAUCCAUAAGGGUUUCGCGGGUCAAUGAGCUUGUCGCUCUUGACAUCUUAGGGACCUUUCCGGCCACCCCUCGUGGAAAUCGGUUUCUGUUGGUUCUGGCGGAGUAUUUUACACGUUGGCCCAUGGCCUGGCCUCUUCCCAACCAGGCUGCAGCGGCCAUCACAGAGGCGUUCCUUAAUGGGUACGUGAUGGAUAAGGGGGCACCAGAAUGACUUCUUACGGAUCAAGGGAAAAAUGUAUCUUACAAUUUGCUCUGUGACAUGUGCUCCCUGCUUGGUACUUCUAAGGUGUGCACGUCCCCAUACCAUCCGCAAACGAAUGGCAUGGUGGAGAGUUUCAACUGGACACUUACGACGAUGCUUAGCCACCAGGUGAGCGAGUCCCAGCAGGAUUGGGACUUGUGCAUUCCUGGCGUGCUGGCCACUUACCGCAUGGCCCCCCACACUUCAACCGGCUACUCACCCUUCUAUCUUAUGUACGGCAGGGAGUAUGAACCCCCUGUCGACGUACAACUUGGUGUGGCUCCACCCAAACGGCCUGCCGCUUUCCCCGACACGCUUCGCUUUAAUAUCGAGAGGCUGACCAAGGCGCGUGAGGCGGCUGGGAUCAAUGCUGAGGCUCGACAGGGCGUUAGCAAAUGCCUGCAGACCUCCCGCAUAUCUGCCCACAGGUGGCGUUCGGGCGACAAAGCGUGGCUUCACUGCCCCCAGGUCCCCGUGAGGACGUCCCCCAAAUUGGCUAAACUAUGGCGGGGGGCCGUUGACGUGGUGCGUGUAGUCCGGCCCCAAUGCGUGGAAUUCGGUGGGGUCGCCGCAGCUGGUACGUGCAUCCGUCACAUCUUAAGCCGUUCUUUGUGUCACGUGCUGCUGUUUCAUCCUCCCUUAGUCCGGGCCAGUUGUGUGAGGUGUCCAGCGACCAGGGUUGCGUGCCUGCUGACGCGGAGUUACAAGGGGAGCCCUUGCCCCUUUCCCCAGGCGCCACACGACUGACGCCUGCGCCGGCGCCAUUGACGUCGGCUUCACCGUACCAAGCCAGGAGGAGCUCCCCCGCCCCCCCCAUGACACCCGACCCGAACGACCCCAGCCAUGAGGACCCGGUCCAUUACUCAGAUUUUCCUGACCCCCGACUUGCUUAUGUGCCCCACACACACUUCACAUUGAGCCUCGCCUUUUCGUUGAUUAGCGGUUGUGUAUCGUGUAAAUUUGUACAGAUGGGUUAGGGUAUUUAUGGCGGGUCACUUACCUUCCUCGCAGUUCUUGUUGUUGCUUUUGCUGUUAUCUUUGUUCCUGUUGAGGCUCGCGUACCUUGUUCGUUAACUUACCCUUUGGGAUUGUUGCCAGCUGGGACGGCUGGGUGCUACGGAGGUGGGGGUAAUGUUGCAUUAUAAAGAAGUGCUGUAGGUCGCUUUACCUGCCACCAUGGUCAUGGGGUAAAACCCCCCUCGGGUGGCCCAUGACCGGAGGUUGACACCCCAGAACCCCAAGGGCUGGGG